AUGGCAGCAUCGGUUCUCUCUACACCCGUCAUCUCAGCACUUCCGGUGAAUACCGCCACAGUAACGUCAGUUGGGCAGGUUGCCCUCCCGAAGCAAGACAUCUAUACUGUCAAUGACCUCCUACGCGCCAAAGCUUCAGGGGAGGCAGCACAUAAACCUAUAGUUGGCUACCCUUCGUCUGGCACUGAUUAUGUGUAUUAUACACCCCAUCAGCAGCUGGAUCUUCUCGUUGAAGCCGCGGCUGUCUACUACUGCAAAGACAUUCCCCAGAGACUGUCAUCAAAUGACCCUGUUCAGGUAGUCGGUCUUCUGGGUGUGUCUGAUUUUGAAUACUUGAUCUCAUUGCUUGCCAUCUCCCGGCUUGGGCAUACCGUGCUCCUGCUGUCAACUCGAAUCGUUGAAGAUGCUUAUGUCAGUCUGCUGGAGGCCACCAAGGCCACUUUCCUUGUGACCCACUCAAGCUUCCAAUCUGUCGGAGAAAAAGUCUCCGAGCGAACUGGUGUUACUCAUAUCUCUGCUGUGGCCCCGGCAGAUGCAGCCUCGCAUGAAGUAGCGAACGCCUGUCUUCCUGCGUCGGAUCUGCACGGUCCGACCGAAAGCAAUAACAUUACCUGGGUGAUUCACUCGAGUGGCUCUACUGGCCACCCAAAACCAAUUUACCAGACUCAUUCCGGAGCUCUGAGGAACUACGCCAACAACUUCGGACUUAAGGGUUUCAUCACCCUUCCCCUCUUCCAUGCUCAUGGAAUUAGCUGUCUCUUCAGAGCCAUUCACUCCGAGAAGAUUAUCUACAUGUACAACUCCAGCUUGCCCCUCACAGCCCCCAUUCUGCUGAGCACCCUGAAAAAGUACCAGGAGAUUCAGGUUCUGUAUGGUGUGCCGUACGCCCUGAAACUACUUGCAGAGAUCGACGAGGGCCUACAACAAAUGGCUCGCCUUGAGCUUGUGAUGUUUGGUGGAUCAUCUUGCCCCAAGCCAAUCGGAGACACAUUGGUCCAGAAUGGUGUCCGUCUUGUGUCCCAUUACGGAACAACAGAGACUGGCCAGCUCAUGACCUCCUUCCGCGACCGUUCGGACUUGGAUUGGGACUAUGUCCGCCGGGUCCAUCCUUGCUGCCCUAUAUCCGAUGGGAGGAGCAGCCAGCUUUCCGUCUUGGAGGGCUGGCCUUCCAAGGUUGCUAGCAACCGCCCGGACAACUCGUACGCAACCAAGGACCUGUUCGAAAAGCACCCGAUUACUCCAAACGCCUGGCGAUAUUACGCCAGAUUGGAUGACACGUUGGUUCUUGAGAAUGGCGAGAAGGCCAACCCGUUGACCAUUGAAGGAGUUGCCCGCAAAAACCCCAAUGUUGGUGAAGCUAUCGCGUUCGGAAGUACCAAGCCUCGUAUUGGUCUCUUUAUAAUCCCCUCCGAUAAAUGCAUUUUCAGGUCUGACGAUGAGUUGAUUGACGAUAUUUUCCCGGAUAUUGAGGCGUGCAAUGCGGAGAUGCCGGCUUACGCCUAUGUGUCUCGCGAUAUGAUCCACAUUCUCCCUAAGGACUCUGUUUAUCGAAAGACCGACAAGGGAACGGUCAUUCGCUCUGCGUUCUAUAAGGAUUUUGCUGAGAAAAUUAAUGAGAUCUACGAGGAGCCCGAUGUGCAAGGUGACCAGGUUCUAGAUGGCGCUGAGCUUCUACGAUUCCUCAGGGAGACUCUUCUCGAGAUUGCACCAUCCGUUGAUCCAGCCACUUUGGAGAAUGAUACCGAUGUUUUCAGCUUAGGCAUCGACAGUUUACAGUCAAUUCGUAUCCGAACUGCGAUUGCACACUCCUGA